AUGGAUUCUCAAGAUGAUAAUUUUUUUAUAUCUUCUUUUGCACAAUCAAAUCCACCACAAACUUGCAAUGACUUAAAUGAGAGAUUAGAAAAUGAUGAACAGUCUGAUAGUUUGAAUUAUUUGAGUUCAGAAGCUGAAGAAGAAGUAUCAGUUUCAACAUCAGCUUCUGUAUCUGAAAAUAAACUAGUUUCAAAUAAAUCUG